CCUCAAUACUAUCUUCUUUCAUUGGAACCCCUUCUGACGAUUCCACGUAGUCGUCCGCUAGAAUCCUCUUCCAUCUGAGGAUGAAUAGUUUUUCUUUUUGCAUAGCAGCUCUUGCUGCCCUUCUCCUUGCAUCAUGCAUCCUCGGGAAAGAUGAUUUCGACUCUAGACUGGUUAUUAGUGAGGUUUCUCGAAAGAUAGACCUUUCGACUCAGCUGACUAAAGUCAGUACUUCCUUAACUCUAGAGAAUGAAGGAGAUUCUGCAGUAGGACACUUUCAUCUGGCAAUCGAACCAGCUCUUGUCGAUAAACUUGCAUUUGUUGGAGUUACGGCCAAGACCCCUGAUGACGAGGACUCGACUUUAACUAUGGAACAAGUAGAAAUCGAAGCACAUAGUGAAACAAAGUUCUUCAGAGCAGAUCUUGGAUUUCGCCUGAAACCAGGACAUUCAGUUGAGCUGACUGUGGAUGAAGUAUUUGCUCAUGCCAUGACUCCCUUCCCAACCAAGAUCACUCAAUCCGAGAAACAAUUUGUCCUCUUUUCUGCCAACCAUUAUUACUACACACCUUACACUGUUAAAAAACAGAGUGCAACUGUUUCCUUGGCAACGUCCUCUGUGGAGUCCCACAGUAAGCUUAAGCCCACUAGUCAGUCAGACAAUGCUAUAACAUAUGGACCUUACAGUGAUGUUGAGGCAUUCCAGAUUAGUCCUAUGAGAGUUCAUUUUGAAAACAACACUCCCUUUCUCUCGGUGCUCCACAUGGCACGAACAAUUGAAGUUUCCCAUUGGGGUAAUGUUGCAGUGGAAGAAACCUUUCAUAUGAAGCAUGUGGGAGCAGAACUCCAGGGUCCAUUUUCGAGGUAUGACUAUCAACGUACCCCAGCUCCUUCUUCAAUCAAGUCUUUCAAGUCUGUUCUGCCAGCAUCUGCUAGUGAUGUGUAUUAUCGGGAUGAAAUUGGCAACAUCUCCACCAGUAACCUGUGGUCUCAAGAAGAUUCAGUCGAGUUGGAGUUGCGACCAAGGUUUCCUUUGUUUGGUGGCUGGCAAACAAGGUUCUACAUGGGUUAUAAUGUUCCUAGUUAUGAGUAUCUAUACAACCUAGGUAGCAAAUAUGUUCUAAAGAUGAGAAUUAUUGACCACAUCUAUGAUGAGUUCGUUGUUGACAACCUUGCAUUGCGCAUCAUUCUCCCAGAAGGAUGCACAGACAUUGAAUUGAAAGCACCUUUUGCAAUGGAGGAAGGAAAACGUGAAUUGCAUUAUACCUAUCUGGAUACAAUUGGACGUCCUGUGGUUGUUGUGCAGAAAAGUAACCUGGUAGAGCAACACAUUCAAGACUUUGAGUUGCACUACACCUUUAAUAAAGUGCUUCUCUUACAAGAGCCACUUCUAGUUGUUGGUGCAUUUUACUUGCUCUUCAUGCUUGUUGUCAUCUACAUGAGGUUGGACUUUGCAAUCAGCAAGGAUGAAGCUAAUGAGUCACGCAUGCGUGCUGCUUGUCUUAUUGAUGAGGUCCAGCGUCUGGUAGACCGUCAGAGUGGCCUUUAUUCUGUAUACUCUGACACCAUCCAAAAGUUUAAAUCAAGCAAAGAUGCCACUGCCUUUGCUAAUGCACGCAAGAAGUUAGAUGGAGAUUACCGCUCCAUCAGCAAUCAGAUCACUCAGGUGCAGAACUCCCUUAACAAGGAACAACCUGAAGUUGCUGAGAAGCUUACAGACCUUCUGCGCAAAGAACAUGAGAGGAAGCAGGCACUGGAUGGAGCCAUUUCUUUGGCUGAGAAAGUGGUGGUUGGCCGCCUUAGCAAGCAAGGAUAUGUGGAGAGCGAGUCUAACAACAAGACAAAGAGGCAGAAGCUGAGUGCUGAGAUUGAAGCUCUGGCUACCAGCCUUUAAUGAAGUUACUUAGUAAUCCCUGUGAUGUCAUGGUGAUAUCUGUUUCCUUAACCCCUUAACUCCCAAGAGUGACCAAGACAGAAUUUAUCCUUACAACAUCAAUACAAUGUGAAGAAGACAAGUGAUAAGAAUAAAGAGAAAUAUCAGUUGGGCAAUUGUUAGUUGAUUCGAUACCGAAUUCUCCAAACUAACAUCAUAAGAACUGUAUGGCAGACAGUAAGGAGAAUUACUUUUAAGAUCUAGGAGCGAAAUGGUUAAUCGCUUUUAGCCAUAUUAACGAUAAUCUUUACUCUACAACAGAAAGCGAUGAACAUCUUGCUUCUGAACAUUACAGAGUGUAAGCACAGGAAUCUCUUUAGCAGCAAUUAAAUGAGUAGGCCCUUUCUCAUCUAAUACAUUGGUAACCUGACAUAUUGAGCAUGCAAUUUCAUGAUUUGAGUUAAUUGCGUUUGAUUAUAGAAUUUGAUAAUGAAUGGAGAGAUUCAGGAUAAAAAGUGAGAGAAAAUAUGUUAUGUUAAGAGUUAAGGAAGAUGGUGACUUGAAUGUCACAAGCAUGCAAUGAAGAUUUAUUCUGUACACGUACAGUUACACAGAUUCUGUUGAGAUCACCUCAGAGCUAAGUUUGUGAAAGAUCCUCACGAUGAAUAGAAAUUAUAAUACAAAACGCAAGACCCUUGUUUCACGUAAAGGGGAUACCUUCUAGUACAGAUAAAGCUGAGUUAAAGUUAUCACUGACAUCACAGGGUUUAUUGAAGUGAUCAUCAAAAUAAAACAAGUUAACUUCGAGUGUUUAGGAAGAGACUAUUCUCUUAGUUUUUCAGUUGCUUAAGGUUAUGUCCCAUUUUAUCACUUAUGUUAACGUGAUACACUGUGAAGUGGUAAUUUCGGGUCUUUGAACCCUCUAUUGUAGGUUCUGCCUAUUAAAAAAAUGUUUCAAAUGA